AUGUCUCGCGGUCCCGUCUGUGGUCUCCCGCCGCUCAAUAAUAACAUGUCGCGGUCCCCGUCUGUCCCCGCCUGUGGUCUCCCGCUGCCGCUCAAUAAUAACAUGUCGUCGCGGUGUCCCCGCCUGUGGCCUCUCCCGCUCAAUAUAAUAAUAUGUCGUCGUCGUGGUCCCCGCCUGUGGUCUCCCGCUGCCGCUCAAUAUAGUAACAUGUUGUCGCGGUCCCCGUCGGUGGUCUCCCCUA